CAUCAGCAAUACUUCACAUCCUCGCUCUCCUUUCUCAUCGCACUGGACCAGCAGUUUCACUUUCCCCUGCUCUACGAACAAAGAGGCCGAUUCUCGUCCUUUUUAUUUUCUGAAGAUCAUUGACGUUAGAUCUCUCACUUUUGGCAUCAGAUCUACCAAUAGGCAAAGGAGACAGCCAUGGGAGGCUUCUUCACUAUCGUGGAAACAUCCACCUAUAAGCAAAAACAAUUUUGAGCUUAGAGAGGCAAAGACUUAGAAGUGAAUAAAUUGGACAAGGAAGAUUUCACAGGAUUUGAUCGUGUCAUCUGGAGUUUUCAGAUAAACUUGGACAGGAGACCUACUCGAGUCUGGGUUCAAUAGUCUCACCUAUCGGUCCAUUUUAAGUUUCAAGCAUUGCCAUUUGACCUCACUCAUGCACUUAUGCUCUCUUGACAUCCACUUGACCACACUCCUUGGGAGUUAGAUAAGUCUUAACAACUUCGGGAAGAGGCAGGGACAUGUCUAACCACUUCCAGGAGAUAAAGCCUGCCACCAAUAUCUAUACUACCAAUCUUGCAGCAAAUUUUGGCUGACCGAUUCUCUCCAAGCACUCAAAAUGGUGCAAAGUGCAGAACUCCAUUUGUGCUUGCAAUUCACUUGUACGUGUUCUUAAUUUGUUGUCGGUAACAUCUGAUAUCACUCCUGAUAACAGUUAUUGGGGGAAAUUAAGAUGGCUGCAACUGAAGCUGAACCUUAUGUUGGACUUGUUAAUGUGGAGGGGCUCCUGCGAAAAGCAAAAUCAUUCACUGAUGGAGAAUUUAGUGGCAUGGCAGCUAAACUGGGUAUUAAAGGUCAUCUCGACAAAUUGAUCCGUAGUUUGAAGAUCAUAAACGACAUUCUCUUCGACGUUGAGACGGGCAUUAAUCGUUCUGAAGUUAGGGGCUGGCUCGAAAAGAUCAACGGGCUAAAUGCCCCGUUGGAUGAUCUGCUCGAUGAGUUUGCAUAUGAAGCCCGCCGGCCGAAGGAGAAGCUGGUCAAAUUAAGCAGAUUCCUUCCUGAACUCAACCGAAACAGAAGGAUGAGUCUGAUGUUGAUAGAUGUUGGCUCGAAAUAUGAAGCAUUAGCCCGUUGCGCUUCGGAAAUAUAUGUGGCCAAAGCAAGUGAACAAUAUGAUCAUUUCCGAGAUCGGGAAACAAUUUCUUAUGUUUCAGAGUCAAAAGUGAUGGGCAGAGGUGAUGAUUUGCUAAAAUUGAAAGAAAGGAUAGUGGGUGCUGGAAAUGAUCAAGAUUUAUCCUUCAUUAGCAUAAUUGGCAUGGCGGGCAUCGGAAAAACUACCCUUGCUAGAUUUGUCUACAAUGAUAAUGACGUGGUGAAUCAUUUCGAUGUGAGAAUUUGGAGCUGGGUGUCGAAAGAGAGUAAUAUUUUUAGGAUUUUGAAACAUAUGUUAGAGUUUUUAACCUACCACCCUGUUGAUGAAAUGUCAAUAGAAACGGUUUUACUGAAGCUACUAGAAAGGUUGAAAGGGAAAAAGUAUCUGCUUGUUCUUGAUGACGUUUGGAAACAGGAUUACAGUAUGUGGGAUUCAUUUACCCAGUGUUUGCUAAAGCUUGGUGGUUCUAGAGGAAGCAAAAUACUGGUAACCACUCGUCUACAGCAAGUUGCUGAUUUAUUUAAACCAGGUUCAACCUAUAAGGUAAAUUUUCUGCCAGAGGACUAUUGCUGGGAAUUGUUUCGGCAAAUAGCAGUUGAAGGAAGUGGGCUAGAAAUGACCCAACAACUAGAGCAAGUGGGUAGAACGAUAGUCAAAAGUUGUGGAGGUCUUCCAUUGGCGGUAAAAGCAAUGGCAAGUAUCGCACGCUUCAGGAGAAUUGAAGACUGGGAUAAGAUAGCAAUAAAUGAAGCACCAGGUUCUGAAUUUGUCGAUGAUGUCCUAAAGUUGUCCUAUGAUAAUUUGCCUUCAAUAUCACUAAAACAAUGCUUCCUUUAUUGCUCUAUUUUCCCAAAAGGCUCUGUCAUGGAAAAGGAUGAACUAAUACAACUUUGGAUGGCACAAGGAUUGCUUAAUCCACCGCAAGGAAGGAAUUUGAGCAUGGAAGAUUUAGGAGCCGAAUAUCUUGAUAUUUUUGUGCGGACAUCAAUUUUGCAGGAUGCUGAACUAGAUGAGGUUGAUGGGAAAAAAUUCUACAAGAUGCACGAUCUUUUACACGACCUGGCUUUGUCCUUAUCAAAUUAUCAAUGCUCGAUUAUGGAGGGGAUAAAAGUUGGAACGGAUGAUUUUGGUGUACAUCUAUCUGUAAUUAAUUGCGAAGUAUCCGUUUCACAACCCUCGACGAACAAGUAUGAAAGGCUUCGAACAUUGCAUUGGGUGAACAGUGGAGUUCUUGGAGACGUGUUGAGGUACACUACUUCUCUUCGUGUCUUAAUUGUGGUUGAUUCGCUGCUUGAGGAAUUGCCAGAUUUAAUAAGCAGAUUAAAACUUCUAUAUUAUCUGGACAUCUCGAAGACCAAAAUUCAAAGACUUCCAGAUUCAAUUUCGACACUCUACAAUUUGCAAACCUUGAGACUCUAUGAUCUUAUGGAACUGCCAAAGAAUUUUGAGAAUUUGGUUAAUUUGAAACACCUUUUUAUUGGGAAUUUCCAAGACUUGGACAAGUUGAGUGUUUUGCCUUCUCAAGCUGAAACGGUGCUCAAUCCUUCAUCUCUUAAAGCAUGCUUUAAAGUUCAUUUACACGACAAUUAUCCAACUGAGAACUUAAAAAAGUUAUUGGACCAUCCAGAUUUGUAUUCGUGUCUCAGGAUUUAUCGCCUUGAGAAUGUGAGUGGCUAUGAGAAGGAGAAGGAGAAGGAGAAGGACACAAAAGAAAAGCUAUCAAGUAUAUUAAGGAUAUCAACAAUAGAAAGCUUAAGGCUUCACUGGAAUGCAAGGAGGGAAAACUGCUACGAUGAGGGUGUUUUGGAAGACCUUCAGCCUCACUCAGACAUAAAAGAUUUGGCAAUUGAAAAUUACAAAGGUCCAGCAUUUCCUUCCUGGAUGCAGAAUACAAGCGAGCCGGUGAUACUUCACCAUCUAGUGAAGAUGGAAUUGGAGGACUGCAGCUAUUGUGAGCAAUUCCCACCACUGGGGCACCUUCCCUCUCUCAAAGUUGUCAAAAUAAGGGGGAUGGUCAAUGUCAAAAGUAUUGGGGCUGAAUUCUAUGGUCUUACAGAUGGCGAUGGUCAAAGUAGCAGCAGUGGCAGUCCUUUGACUGCACGUACAGUGUUUCCAAAAUUAAGAGAACUCACACUAAGGGAGUUGACAAGUCUAGAGGAGUGGUCUGAACCUGUAUCUCUUUCAAAUCAUUCUUCAACUGUCUGUCCUCUUCUGGAGAAAUUUGAAGUUGAGCAAUGCCCCAAGCUGGAACGUCUCCCAAACGUAAUAACCAGCAGCCAUGAGCAUCUGCGCCGGCUAGAGGUUGCCUGGUGUGACAGUUUGGAUGGCCUACCAGAGGGAGUUGUUGGACUUAAGUCACUCGAGGAUUUAGAGAUACGUGGCCUACCAUCUCUUUCAAAGCUGUCCAUUGGACAUUGUCGCAACCUCACAAGUUUGACAAUAGGUGGCAUCUCAGAGGUCAGGAGAACUCUGCAGUCAGGAGAACUUGCAUCUCUGCCCGAGCAACUCCAAUAUCUCUCAGCUUUGAAAUUUUUCACAAUAUCCGGUUAUGGUGGACUGGAGACUCUUCCAGAAUGGUUCUCUGAGUUACAAUCCCUUCAAAUUCUGAAGCUUGAGUUCUGUUGGAAGCUUAUGUAUUUGCCAGCAGCAGAAACAAUGAAACAACUCAAGAAUUUGGAUGAGCUUGAUAUCUGUUAUUGCCCCCCUCUGGAGGCGAGGUGCACCAAAGGAAGCCGCCCAGAAUUGUACAAGAUCUCCCACAUUCCCAGAAUCAUGAUAAAUUCUGAAGAAAUCAAAUUUCGCCCACUAAAUAAGAAUAAAAACGCAACGUACACACAAACUCUGAGGAAUAAAGUGAAAGAGAGCGAGAAAUCUGGGAAGGGAAAAAGGAACGUGGGAGAAAGGAAGCAACAAGGGAGAAAUGCAACACUCUCGUCCUCGCAACCGGCGGAUCAAGUAAGACCUGAAACUCCGUUUCUUUCAAUUCAGCCUGAGGAGGCUCACCUCGGCCAUCCCGCAUGCCCGAGAUGAACUCACCUCGUCCCUCAUCAGAGCUCGUCCGCGUCUCGGGGUUAUCCCUUAAACCCGGCCGGAUCCCUAGUCUACCGUGCAGGUGACCUCGGCACCUCCACCUCAGCUGCACGCUGAUGAUGUCAAGCCACCUGACAUCACCUGGGACCAGUGCUUUAUCUGAAAAGCACUGGAGGCACUUAAUGGCACCUGCACCAUACUCUCCGCCAUCAUACCCAGAAGGCUACAGUGUCAGAGCCAGGCCAUCUGGCAGGGAGCAGAGCCGUAAUGGCAGGACAUGGGUCCCACCGGCAUAAGACCUCCGUCCUGCCCUCCACUCUCACUCUAUAAAUACCCCACACACUCCCAACAAGUAAGACACACUGUUCAUUUGCUCAUACUCUAGCAUUUUCUCGUUCUCAUACUAAUUUAAUCGUCGGAGUGAUACCAGGGGAGAAGCCCCGCCAUCCACUUCGGCCGCGAGGAUACACCUCACCUCAACCCAGAGAGGUCUGAUUUAGGUCGGUCCAACUACCCGCCAAAAAUCGCCUCUUCAAUUGGCGCCGUCUGUGGGAACGAGAUUACUACUAAAAUGAGAUCCACGCGUUCCAGAAGCGGAAGAGUUCCCUCAACAGGGGCUGGGCAGACAUCCGGAGCCCAGCAAGAUCGUAUCUCUGAGGAACAUGGGUCCCAAAGGACCCAGCCCAACAAUGAGGAGGCCAUCGCCAAGAUGGCCGAGUUUGUCACGGACAACCCCAACAUCUUUGAGGAACUAGGAAGGUACCUCAAGAGGCAGGGAAAAGAAAAAGCCGAGUCUUCCAAGAGGAGACCGACGAAGUCCCCUGAAGUGCCCUCAGGCGAGGACUCCGAAGAUGGGCGUCUAUCUCGGAGCACCUCCAGGCGAGCCUCAUCCAAGGCA